CAAGAUUUAUUAAGGUAAUGGAUACAUUCUAUGAUUUUUGGAGGAGCUUAUGUUAUGGACAGUUGACCGGACACGUAUACCAACUAAUCUCAUGGUAAUCUCAAGCAAAAUCACAGAUGACUGCUCGUACGUCAAGUGUCUUUCGUUUAUGAUGAAAAGCAGGACUGGGAAUAUUCUCUUAGCUCAGCCUGAGAACUUGGCUCAUGAUGAUGAUUUAUCACAAUCGCUUCUUAGUCAAGUAACUGCAGUGUGGCUUUGGACAAGCCUAUCAUAUGGAGGAAAGCCUAUCUUCAAUCGUGGGAUCUCACAACUGGUCACCAAGAAGUGGACAAGUACUUCAGUUCAAGGGGAGACUUCAGUUAACCAAUAACAGAAACGAUGAUGGUUAUGAGACAGAGGAUUACACAAAGGUGGGUGAGUCAUCUUCAACACAGAGAACACCAAUAACCAUGUCUCGCUCCCGGCUCCACAAGAGAUUUCGCCGCGGCUGAGAUUGGCGUCUUCUGGGACAUGGAGGUUGGUGAUUGGGACUUGGGAGUGAACUCUUUUAACUCUUUUAUUCAAAUCUUUCAGUUUGUUUUCUUUCAAUGAAAAGCUGAUGGAAAGUCUCAGUAGUUUUGAUCAAUGCGUUAUUGAUUAGGCAGUCUUGUUGAUUUCUUGAGAUGUAAGUCAUUUAAAUCUCUUGUCUACUACAAUGGUUUUGUGGCUUAAAGAGGUGUCAGAGAGUUGGCCAAAACAGAGGCGAAUGCAGAGUCAAGUGUUUUGGCAAUUUGUCAAUGCUAUAUCAUAUGUGGCUACUACUGCAGCUAUACACAUUGCCAACAACAAUCCAUUGUUUCAUUAACGCACCAAAGUCAUAUUGUGAGAAGAAGAAUCCAAGCUACUUUGAUCAUGGCUCUACACUUACGAAGAGAGAAUUAACUAGGAGAUGUGUUUACAAAACCAUUGUUUCCUAAUCAUGUUCCAAGUCUCAUUGGAUAUUAGAUACUACCUCAGUUUAAAAUGAUAAGUUUGUUAGUCCCUUGAGUCAUAUGAUGAUUUAGUUAGUCUCUUAACUGAUUGUUCUAUGUAUACAUAUUAACUCUCAGAGUAUAAAAGAAGCUUUGUAAUAGAAUUAAGUUACUGAA